AUGCAAGAACCCGAGCCCGAGAUUCAACAACGCAUGACCCGCCGUGGAAUGGCUUACAUUCUACAAUUUCAGUUCAUCGGUCUGAGCAUCGUCAUGCAGUUCAUUCUUUCUGGCGAGAAACUCAACACUUGGAUACAAAUCAACAUUGGCUGGGGUCUGGCGAUUGCGUUCUGUGUCUAUGCGUGCAGCAAAACUUCUGGAGGUCACUUCAACCCAGCCGUCUCGUUCGCAAUGUUCACUCUCGGACGGCUCAGUUUGAGGGACUUCCUUAUUUACUGUCUGUCCAAACUGUUGGAGCCUUCUUCGUGGCUAUUGGGCGCGGUUCCGGAUUACUAUGAUCAAUUUGUGAAGUUUGCCGGGGCCUACCGCACGAUUGUUGGCCCCAAAGCAACUGCAGCCUGUUUCUGUUCAUUUCCAGCCGCUCACGUCAGCAAUCUUACCUGCUUUUUUGACCAGGUCGGUUCUUUCGCG